AUGUCUUCAAAGCAGAAAGCCAACUCUGACUCUAAUGGGAAAGCGGACGUCAAGACUGGUAGAAGAGUGUCCAAGGCCACGGGCUCAACCCCAGCAGCCUCAACCCCAGCAGCCGGGACGCCGCGCAGCGUUGGUAGUGACGAUGAUGACUUUGACGACGACGACGAUACCGAAAUGCCAGAUGAGCUUAAGACCGUCUUCUCCAGCUCCGUCAUCUCCCAAAACGUUCGGAAAUUCGAUAUCAGUUCCUUCCCUUAUAUGCUGCCGCCCGGUAUCAUAGAUUCAGCCUUUAGGCAUUUCCAACCUCCGCAGAAGCGAGAAUUUACGGCCAUGCCAUUGAAGCCUGAUCACCACAAUCGUCCGCUCUGGAUUGAUGGCUGGGGGAAGCUCACUCUUGAGAGCUUUCAUCCACUAGCGCCUCGGGUCCAGGACUUCAUUAUUACGAUCGCUGAACCAAUGUCACGGCCCACAUUCUUACACGAGUACAAACUUACGACUCACAGCCUAUACGCAGCAGUUUCGGUUGGACUGAGUCCGAAGGAUAUCAUACAUACUCUCGACGUAUUUUUGAAGACUGAAAUGCCACCGAAUAUCAUCGCAUACAUUACACACUGCGGAAAAAGCUAUGGCAAAGUGAAGAUCGUGCUAAGAAGCAAUCAGUACUUCGUCGAGACUGGGGAUCCAGCGAUAUUGCAAAUGUUGCUGAAGGAUCCUGAAAUAGGUCUGUGCCGGGUCCAUGGUGCCCAAGAAACCACCACAGGCGCUCCGACGAUAUCUGGACUUGCGAUCGCGGGAACGAAGGACGCUGCUGGUAUACGUGCGGCCCAGGGACUAGAUAACCGCAAAUUGAACCAGGAUCAGGUCGCACCAGAUGCGACGGUUGAAGGCCUUUAUGCUGCAUUGGACGAGGAUGAUGGGGAGGAUGAUGAGCGGGAAGUUAUUCAUGCAUUCCAGAUUCAAGACGAUAAAGUGGUCACUGUUACUCAACGGUGUUUAGUAUUACACUACCCUGCCCUCGAAGAAUACGAUUUCCGGAAUGAUACUACAAACGCGAACCUCGAGAUUGAUCUGCGACCAUCAACUCAAAUUCGGUCAUACCAAGAACAGAGUCUCAGCAAAAUGUUCGGUAACGGCCGUGCAAAGAGUGGCAUAAUUGUUCUGCCUUGUGGAGCUGGCAAGACGCUAGUAGGCGUUACAGCUGCUUGUACCAUCAAAAAAGGGGUUAUUAUUCUAGCCACUAGCAAUAUGUCAGUGAUCCAGUGGAGAGACGAGUUUUUGAAAUGGUCAAAUAUCAAUCCUGAUAGUAUUGCUAUUUUCUCUUCGGACAACAAAUCUAUUUUUACGGGAAAUACUGGAGUUAUCAUUACAACUUAUUCUAUGGUAACAAAUACACGAGAGCGUGCGCACGAAUCGGCUAAAAUGAUGAAAUUUCUUCAGAGUCGGGAAUGGGGCCUUAUGCUUUUGGAUGAAGUACACGUCGUGCCCGCACAAAUGUUUCGAAGAGUUAUCGGUAAUAUCAAGUCUCAUUCGAAACUGGGUCUAACAGCUACGCUUCUUCGAGAAGAUAACAAAAUUGAGGAUCUUAAUUUCUUGAUAGGACCGAAACUUUACGAGGCUAAUUGGAUGGAACUUUCGCAGCAAGGUCAUAUUGCAAAAGUCCAGUGUGCUGAAGUCUGGUGCCCUAUGUCCACCGAAUUCUACAGUGAGUAUAUGAAAGCUAGCUCGCGGACUCGGUCCUUAUUUUGUGUCAUGAAUCCAUCCAAGUUUCAGGCUUGCCAGUUCCUAAUCAAAUAUCACGAAAGCCGUGGCGACAAAAUAAUUGUCUUUUCAGAUAGUGUUUACGCCCUUGAGGCUUACGCGAAAAGAUUGAUGAAGCCGUAUCUCUAUGGUGGGACCGGAAAUGUAGAGCGCCAGCAGAUCUUGAACUAUUUCAGAAACUCGCCACAGUGCAGUACCAUUUUCCUCAGCAAAAUUGGCGAUACAUCGCUAGAUCUCCCUGAGGCGACCUGCCUCAUUCAGAUCUCAUCGCAGUACGGCUCCCGCCGUCAAGAAGCCCAGCGUCUUGGACGUGUUCUUAGGGCCAAACGACGAACUGAACAUAAAUUUAACGCUUUCUUCUACUCGCUUGUAUCUAAAGAUACGGUGGAGAUGGCAUUUUCUUCCAAGCGGCAAGCUUUCCUCGUAGAUCAGGGAUACGCUUUCAAAGUAAUCACGCAUCUGCACGAUAUUGAAAAGACGCCAGACCUUGCCUUCGCAACCCCCGGCGCCCGGCGCGAGCUCUUGCAAAAGGUCCUUGUCGAGCUCGAGAACAAAUCGUGGGCACAAGAGGAGGAGAAGGAGAGGGCUGCUCUUGCGGCAGACGGAAACAUGUUCUACAGUCCGGAUGGAAAGCCAAUGCGAAAGGGGCCGAAUCGGAGGAUGGCGGUGGCUGCAAAGAGGACAGCGGGGUCACUAGAGGAACUCGCUGGCGGUCAGGAUAUGGCGUACAUCGAGCGAAAUAAGAGUGUGAACAAGUCGGCUAAGAAAAGAAGUGGUCCCCAAAGUCAAUUUUUCAAAAAGCUGUCAGGGCAGCAAGAGAAGAAAAGAAAGGCACUCGAGGAGUAA